AUGAGGCUGGAAGCAUAUCGAGACGCCGACGAUGGCCAUGGCCGCUCGAGGCGACGCAGACGCUAUCAGAGAAGCACCCUCGAUUGGAAGUCCCAGGCCGAACAACCUCGUGAUUCGCUGCCUCACCCUCGGAACGACCGACUACAUAGCUCUGGCCGCAGAGCAUCGCGGCGCUCCGAGAGCACCUCGUCGAGGACCUUGGAUGCGGCCGACUCGACGAUGCCGCCGCCACCGCAUCUGGCCCGGUCGUCGACCGACGCCUACAGGAGGCCGAGGCAUUGGAUGGCCUACGGCGAUGGAGGAGAUUCCGUCGGCGGUCGGCGGCGCCCGAGGCGAGAUGCCUCCCCCACUUACCAUCAUCGUGCACCCCCGCUGCCCGAGUACUCGGGCUACUCAUCGGCCAGUGGGCGCGCUUACGGCGGCGGCGGCGACGACGGCGACGACUUCAUAGAGGUGGUCGAGGUGGCCGACGAUGACGACGACGACGACGACGGCUCGUCAAGGCACCGAGGGGACCGGCAAUCGAGUCGCGACGAGUACAUGCUGUCAUCGGCCGACAGAGGGUACCACAGGCAGCGCACGAGACAGCACCACGCCGACCCAGGAGAGACGGUGGUGCGACGCCGCCACUCGUUUAGCAACUCUCCGGCGCGAGCAUCGUCCAAGACGGCGGACCGGAGCGCAUCCUCUCGCCAGGGCCGCCGCUUGCAGCUGAAUGACGUGAUUGAAGACUCGAGACCCCCCGUGUCCUCCAAGAGAUCCACGGUUAGGAGGAGAAACCGGUCGGCCGACGUGAUCCAUCACGAGGACAGGCCUCGAGAGCCGAGCAGGGUGAGAUCAAGUCGCAGCAGGGCCGGUUCCGUGUCCGGCGGCCCAUCGGGCAUUUUGGGCAGCAUAUUCGGCACUCCGUCGCCGCGGCGUGCACCUCCGGAGGAACGCGCCAAGGAGCCCAAGGCAGCAAAACGCGUCGCGUGCGUCAUCUGCAUGGGAGACGUGUCGCUCUCCAAGGUAGCCAGGCUCAAGUGCGGCCACUCCAUGUGCCGCUCAUGUUUAGAGCGCAUCUUCAAGCUGUCCAUCACAGACCCGCAGCACAUGCCGCCGCGGUGCUGCACGCAGGAUCACAUUCCAGUGAAACAUGUGGAGCGUCUGUUUGACGACAGCUUCAAGUCGACAUGGAACCGCAAGUUUGCCGAGUUUUCGACCAAGAACCGCCUGUACUGCCCGUCGCGGAAGUGCGGCGAGUGGAUCAAGCCGGCCAACAUCUUCAAGGAAAAGGGCCGAAAGGUGGCGCUCUGCGGCCGCUGCAAGACAAAGGUCUGUGGUCACUGCAACGCCAAGUGGCACGGCGCCGAGGACUGCCCCCAGGACGAGGAGACGGCGAGACUGCUGGCCCAGGCACAAGAAGAGGGCUGGAAACGAUGCUAUCGCUGCAAGGCCGUUGUCGAACUCAAGGAGGGCUGCAACCAUAUGACGUGCCGGUGCGGUGGCGAGUUCUGUAUGAUAUGUGGCGUAAAGUGGAAGGGCUGUGACUGCCCGUGGUUCAACGACGGCGGCUUCCUGGGAGACAUGCUCGAUCACGCGGACAUUGAGCUGCGGAACCAUCAUCCGGUAACCAUGACGGCACCGGCGCGACCGCGGCGGAGGAGCUAUCACGAGGAAAUGCCCAUGCGCCGGCGGCAAGGACAGUGGGACACGGACACGGUGCGGCAUCUGCAGUAUCCCAGCGACUUUCACAAUGAGCGCGACGUCAUGGGGGGCGUUGGCGAUGUUCACGGGAUCGGCAACGCCGCAGGGCACUUCAUGAAUGACGACUACAGAGGCAGCGGCCGCUAUCGGGUGCCGGCCCGGGUGGUGACGCUGGACCGGAGCGCAGACUACGUUGACGAUGAGCGCCGGACCCGAAACAAGCGAGCGGGCUCGAUGGAGCGGCGGCUGGCCGACCGCUUUUCAGAGACGCGGCCGGGGAUGGGGAUACGGGCGAGAAUGGGGCCGAUGGCGCUGCCCAUGCCACAUGGACCAGACACGGGCCCGCCAGCAGCGCCGCAGAGACGCACGCUGCGGCAGCACAGCCUAGAGGAGGAGCUGUACAACAGGCAGCCGCGCACGGUACGGUCGGGGCGGGUGGUUGAGGCUCGCCUGUCGCGCACAUAUGAGGACGAGAGCGAGAUUCACGCUCCCGGAAGCCGUCGGCGCGGGUUCGAGAAGCCGCCCACGUCGUCGGACAUGGCGGGUCUCAACGGGCGCGGGCAGGGCAUGAACCGCGUCUCGCAAUGGCGCAGCUUUGUCGAGCCCGGCAUUCCAGAUGGGGAGUCGACUGUUGGCCAUGCGUAA